CAGUGGAUGGGCAACCACAGAAUGAUAAGGAAGUGAUAUCAGAGGUAUUACCAGAAAUAUCAGCUGAUGAUGAUUCUGUAGUAGACCAGUUCAAGCAACAUGCGCCUGUUUGUAAAGCAAAUGAUGUGAUAUUAGAAGUGUUACCAGAAGUCAACUCCAAGUUAUCAGAGAAGAGAGAGAUAGGUGAAUUCUUGAAUGAGGCAGAUAAGAAAAGGCUUCAACAUUCAAAAUUAUCACGUAAUAAAAAAAUUGUUACCAUUGGUAACGAUCAAGAUUUGAAAUUAUCACUUAGCACAGAUAAUUAUAUUACUUGUACAUAUAGCAAAAAUGCUGAAACGUCUGGGCUGAUUGCUAUACAACUGCUUGACAGAAAUCAAGUCACUGAACAAAUUUUAAAGUGUGAUCUUUCUAGACCUAUUUCUUCAGUAGCAUUAGUUAAACUACAUAAUGAGUCCAUCUUAAAUAAUGCAAUUAAGGGCUUUACAUAG